AUGAAUACCUGUGCCCUGGGAGAAGUGGGGCUUGACUACUCCCGAGGGAACGAGCGAUCAAAAGCUGUCCAGCAGUCCGUCUUUCGACAACUCUUGAGAACGGCCGUCGAAUUAAGUAAACCAGUUGUGCUCCAUUGCCGUGAAGCUAAUGACGAAUGCCUGGAAAUCGUCUCGGAGAUUCUUCCCCAACAAUGGAAGAUCCACCUCCAUUGUUUCAUCAACAACUGGAAGACGGUGCAACAAUGGAGGACCCUCCGACGCGUCCUGUCAUUGGUUGCCCCACCUAGACCGGAGACCCCUAUCCCACCGCCUGUAGAGCCAGAUAUCUGUGAGCUUCCACCACCCGAACUGGAGCACUCCAUUCCCCCACCUCAACUAGAGUCACCUCUUCCCCCACGGGCACCAGAUUCCCCACUUAAUUUCAUCGACUUGCAUUGCCACAUAGACCGUCUCCUCCACGCAGCCCAACACACGGGUACCCUCACCGAGUUCCUGAAGGACGGGGACGCAUCUACCACCAUACUGCGCCUGCAGCAGGAGAAGAGGCUCAUGUUACUCCUGUGCUCAAGAAGACCACUUUGGAUCGGAACGAAAUGA